AUGGGCUCUGGUCUCGCAAAAACUUCAUCCCAACAGUGGUCAACAACCAACAGUACAUGGUCAAGUGAAACUACUCCUUCUACGACGAAUGGAGGACGACAACGUCUUCUCAAAAAACCUUUCGAAUAUACUGUCCAUCCACAACCAUGUGAACAUUCACCUCAUCGAUUAACAAGCGUAAGAACAUCAAUGCCCACGUUGAAAGCAAUAAAGAAGCAUCGAGAACAUCUUGUUACAUGCAGGACUGUAAAGCAGCAUGCUCGUUUAUUGGUCCAAUCAUCUCAACAUGAGAAGGCAAGAAAGGUCCUUCAAAAAACAACCUCGACACCCAUUCAUGAUGAUAAUGAUGAUGGAAGUGGGUCAAUGAGAAGAGCCUCCUCCUUACCAGAAACACAUGUAGUGGACCACAUGGACCAAAUAAGCCAUGCCCAUUGGACUGAAGAAACAUAUCAGAAGAACUACUUGCUCGCAAAGAGGUCGUCGUUUCUUGAGGAGAAUGAACCCACCGAAGCAGAAAAUUGUGGAAUGAAACGUCAAGAGUCUGAGAAUGGAUCGUUUGAUUCAACAAGAACCAUCAUGGUUGGUGGUGUAGGAAGGCACACAACGUUCAUGAAUUCACAAAACUCACAACCCAACAUUUCAACGUCCUUGUUCUCAAUAAUUGGACGACCAACCGUGAUGCCUGUUGUUGAAUGUUCUUCUUCCAGUGCAGCAGAACAAUCUUCUUCACAUUAUAUUUCUCAACGAUUCGAUGAUAGAAAUCUAACUCCACUCGAGGAGGAGACCAUGAUGAUGGAUAUCAACCCACUUAGUGGCUUGGCUGCUGAAAACUCUUCUCAUCGAUCACUUUCAAAAGAGACUUCAACUGUUUCUUCUCCAAGACGGAAGCAGCUACUUGAUCUACCACAAGCUUCAACGUUCAAUGAUCAAGCUGAAAUGUCUCCUGACGAAAAUUGUAUCAUUAUUUCGAAUCACAAGAGUGGAAACUCCUUGGUUCGAUCUUACAGCUCACGCUCCCUUUUAAAAGACAUUCCCUCUCCAGUUCAAGUCAUUCAAAAAGACUCUCUACCUCGUCGUGGAAGAGGUGAACCGUCAUCCUCCUUUCAUUCUCUUCAAACAUUGUAUUCACCAUCGAUGACGAACUACCACUCACAAUCAGCUUUAAAAUCUCUUCUUAAUCCAUCUGUUGACAAGCAAAUGCUGGAAAAAGUUCCCUUGAUCACUGUGACUCGACCAGAGGAACCACCUUGUUACAGUCAUUUACCAUCACACUCAAAGAGGAAUGGUUCUUCACAUGUACCCAAAAAUAGGAAAUACCUUGAUGUUGUCGUCAUGAUGUAG